AUGGUUCCGGGAGUCAAGACAGGCCGACGGAAGAGAGCAACAAGUGACAACGUACUAUCAACAUCUGAAGCAUGUCCACAGGAGAGUGGCACCCCGAUGAUGUUGUCUGAUGAGACGCAACCACCAGAUGAUACACAAACUGUGGUGGAGGAGACGCAGCCAGGUGGAGUGGGGCAAACGAGGUCAACUCGUGUUCGAGGACCUACAUUAGGCAAAGGCGUGCAGAAAAAAAUUGCUAGGAAAAAGGGGGAGAAAUUACAUGUCUACGUCAAUCGGGUGUUGAACGCAAUCACAGGAGGGAAUGCAACCCCAGCGACGAAUGAGUUGGGCCUUCAAAUUAGACGAUUGUGCCCUCUUCAGAGCGUGAAGUCAUGGAUAAAAAUUGAUCAAAGUACCAAAGAUGCGGUCAUCCAAGCGGUGCUAGACAAGUUUGUUAUCGGCGAUGAUUUUGAUAACGAUGAACAAGCUCAACAGAUCCUCGAUAGGAAGGCAUAUUUGCUAUACAAGGAUUGGAGGUACAAUCUAAAGCAAGAGUUCCUCGAACUUGAGGAAAAGGGUGUUGAUGACCCCUAUAGUCGUCCGCCUAGUGGAGUGAGCUUGGAGGACUGGAAAUAUUUGAUUGAUGUUGCUUGGAAAGACGAAUCUCACCUGAAACGGUCUACGGCUGGUAAAGCAAAUAGGGGUAUGCUCCCCUAUAAUCAUACAAGUGGAUCGCGAUCAUUUCCUAUAGCAAUGUCGCUAAUGGCAAAUGAGGAUGGGGAUAUAGAUUUCCCCGAAUUUUAUAAGAAAGCACACAAGUCUAAGAAGACGGGAGAUUGGAUUGACCCCAAAUGUGGUGAGCUACAUAUGAGUAUUGAAUGUUGA